GCCUUAUUGCUUCCCUUCAAGUUCUUGCUGAGUUUUUAGCUUCGCAGGAAGCAAUGGAUGCAUGCCUGAUGAUGAAACCGUGGAAACGAGCGAGCAAAAUUUGAACUUUCGUGACGACGUGAUUUGGGUUUCGAUCCGUACCGGAUUUGAGAUCGCGGUACGCUUCAGAGGAGGUCCGGCGCGCAACCAAUGGCGCUUCGUUUUCUCGCGAGGAAGUUCUUGCAGGGAGCUUCGCCCCGACAGCUUCAGGCAAUCAGUUCCCGUUCAUUUUCUUCCAAAAGGAUGAUUGAUGUUGGACAGCCAACUCCAGCAACCCAUCCUGAGUUACUAAAUGAGGGAGAGAUUACACCUGGCAUUACUGCAGAGGAAUACAUCUCAAGACGGAACCGGUUACUGGAUCUUCUCCCCGACAAGGGUUUGGCCAUCAUUGCAGCUGCUCCUGUAAAGAUGAUGACAGAUGUUGUGCCGUACACAUUCCGACAAGAUGCUGAUUACUCAUAUAUCACUGGGUGCCAACAACCAGGUGGCAUCGCGGUUCUAGGUCGUGAGUGUGGUUUAUGCAUGUUCAUGCCAGAAGCAACACCCCAUGAUGUCCUUUGGCAAGGGCAUGUUGCCGGAGUUGAUGUGGCAUUGGAGAUAUUCAAAGCUGACUCAGCAUACCCAAUGAGCAGAUUACCUAAGAUUCUCUCAGAGAUGAUUCGGCAAAGCUCUAGGUUGUUCCAUAAUGCGAAUACCGCUGUAUCAGCAUAUACAAAUUUAGAGGCAUAUCAAUUGGCAGCCAGCAAUGGCAAAGUGAAUAACUUGUCUGCUUGUACACACGAAUUACGGUGGACAAAAUCAUCUGCAGAGCUAAAGUUGAUGAGGGAAUCGGCAUCUAUUGCUUGCCAGGCGCUUUUGCAGACAAUGAUGCAUUCAAAAGUGUGCCCUCAUGAGGCUAUGCUCUCUGCAAAGUUUGAAUAUGAAUGUAGAAUGAGAGGCGCUCAAAGGAUGGCAUUCAACCCUGUUGUAGGUGGUGGGAACAACGGAAGUGUGAUACACUAUUCUCGAAAUGAUCAGAAAAUUGCAGAUGGGAAUCUUGUCUUGAUGGAUGUUGGAUGCGAGUUGCAUGGUUAUGUCAGUGACCUAACUCGCACCUGGCCUCCCUGUGGCAGCUUUUCACCUUCUCAACAAGAACUUUAUGACCUUUUACUGCAAACAAACAAAGAAUGCAUCAAGCUAUGCAAACCUGGCACAACCAUUCAAGAAAUUCACAAAUACUCGGUUGAGAUGCUCUGCAAAGGAUUUAAGGAGAUUGGACUUUUGAAGGAUGAUCAGAGCAUUUUACACAGUUACCAUCAGCUGAACCCAACCUCUAUAGGUCAUUACCUCGGAAUGGAUGUGCAUGAUUGUUCUACAGUUAACUAUGACCGUCCUCUGAAGCCAGGUGUUGUGAUAACAAUUGAACCAGGAGUCUACAUCCCAUACAACCUUGAUUGUCCAGAGUGGUACCAAGGGAUUGGGAUAAGGAUUGAAGAUGAGGUCCUUAUUACAGAUGCAGGAUAUGAGGUUCUCACCGGUUCAAUGCCGAAAGAAGUUAAACACAUCGCGGCAUUGCUGAAUGAUUGCAACAUUGCAGCGCAGGUGGGAGGCUGGAAUGGUGUGAGAGAUGUGUCCAUUUAAACGAUCUCCUCAUUCUUAGAAGAGCCAAAAUUUUGGUUAGUUACCAAGGACACUUUUACUAUCCCUCCAGCGUGUUGACCUCUCUUGGGCCUAUAGGUGCAUGGAAGUACCUGUGCAUCAACUGUGGUUUUGAUGCAUCUUUUGUCAAUUAUACGUCGAGAUCUAAUGAUGCCCAGUCUCCAUAGUUGUGUUGAGUUGAUCUAUGUUACCCCAUUCAGAAGUUUCCUUUCACCGAGUCUUCUAGUUCUAUGUGGCGAAUGAUGCAUCUCAUAGACCCUCCACCAUAAGCCAUCAUUCCAGAGCUUAUUCCAUGUGGCUGUCGAGCAUAUUGCACCAUAAGGCAUCGCAAGAUCGUUUUGGGCGGCCUUUGGCACCUGAAUAACUUUAGCGCUUGUCGAAAGUAGUAAUGUGGGCCAGCACUUGUAUCAUGUAAUUGAACUCAUUUAUUUAUAUAUAAAUGAUGCCAUUUUCCUCGUUC